GAGGGAGUGGGCUCAUAUAAAGAGAGAAGGAACACAAGCCAGGCUUUAUCCUUCUCGUCUUUCCCGCUCUCAAAGACCCCACAAGAGUACCUCCGAUUUUUCUGGCCCACCAGCUCUCCCUCAUUUACGGCAUUUUUUUUCCCUUCUGACAUUUACACAGAAAUUCCCGCCAGACGUGCUGAAUCCGACUAGAGAGGAUGGCUGCAUCCAUGUGGAGAAUGAAUGGGCUCUGCAGAAGCAUGAGUGGAGUUCUGCUGCUCUGUGCUCUAUUGUUCAGCAGCAAGGUGACUUGUCAAGAUGAUCCAUCAACUCCCUCACCCUCAGGUUCUGCAGAUAUGGUUAAAGGAACUACUGCCCCUAAUGCUGUAACUGAUAGCCUCACAGGUAAAGCUCUGUCUGAUGAACCAAGUGUGGAUUCUUCAGCAGUUGCUUUUACUUUAGCUACUGUCCCAGCAACCUUGAACCCUCUGGAAGAUAACACUUUUGAAAACACAUCUGAACCCAUUGUUGUUAUUACACUACCGUCUAAACCUGUUCAACCUGUUAAGGCGCGACCGUGCCAAGUUGCAUGUGUUGGAAAAGGGGAUAUUCCUGAAGAGAGGGCUGUCAAGAUUAAAUUAACUGAAAAAAAACCCUGUGAAGAAAUUAAAGGAAUUUUGGUGGAUUUCUCGACACAAUGGUGCUCACCUGAAAAUUCUAAUCUGAAUAUCUUCCAAGAUGACAGCACAGUCUUGAUGGAAUUAAAUGGUGAUCCUUCUUUGGAGGAGACACUCAGUAUUAAAUCUUUGAAAGACAGGUUGGGUGUAGCGGAAAAUAGCAGUCCAUCAUCAUCCAGUUCUUCUUCUGUAUUCGUGGGAAUACUGGUCACUGGUCUCCUGGCUGCCCUCGGACUCAUUGUUGGUUACUAUAAAUGCCAACGGAGGCCUGAAACCAAGGGAGCAAAACUGGCUGAGGAGGCCUACCCAGUGGAUCAGGAAAAUCAGGGGAACACCCUUGCAUCUGAGGCCCCCCUGAACCCCCCUCCAGAAACUCAGGAGAAACCCAGUAUUAACGGAGAGUCCCCGGAGGCAGUUAAAAUCGAGACCCCCCCUCCCACCAACGGCCACUCCACUGCAAAGACAGCAGACACAGAGCUGUGAAAUUGCCCAACAGCUGCUGCAUUCCAGGAACUUCCUCCUGCUAACACUUUUAUCUCCACCGAUGCAUACAUGCCCACACAGAGAAAAUUGGCAACUCAUCCUGCUUAACCACAAAGGGGAUUGUCCUCUGCCUCUCAGGCUUUUUGCCUCAACAAACAUCAGGAAAACUAGUCUGAUUAUGAUAAUA